AUGAAAGCCCUUAGAGCAGCAGAUCGUACGUCCGGCCUUCAUUUGGAGGAGACUCCGAUUCUCGAAACUGGACCCGAGGAUGUCCUGAUACAGGUCUAUGCUGCCGGUGUUACACCCGGAGCCCUCAGGCUUUUAGAGAUGGGCCGGGCUCACACGCCCUCAACGGUAGGCCACGAGAUGGCUGGAAUAGUCACCAAGGUCGGGGAAAGGGUCCCAGUCGAACUCGCCGUUGGAAGCCGUGUCCGUGUCAAUCCGGUUUUAUCCUGUCGACGAUGUGAGUACUGUGCCAGCGGACGGGAACAUAUGUGCGGAGAAGGGGCGAUGAUUGGGUUUGCCCAGUUUGGGCAAAGGUCGCCUCUAUACGAUAGAUAUCAUGACGGGGGCGUCGCGGAGUAUGCAAGGGUACCGUAUUGGAACAUCGAUAUCAUUCCGGGAAAUAUUUCUUUUGCGAUUGCGGCAAAGGUCCAUGAUGUUGCAACGGGGUUGUAUUCUCUUGAGCGUGCGAAUUUACCCAAAGAGUCUGUUCUGCUCGUGACAGCUGCGUCUGGGACAAUGGGAGCCGUGGCCUUACGACUUGCGCAGGAGUUUGGCAUCAAGAAAGUUCUUCUCGUCGGUCGAUCUCGUGAACGCCUAGAGGCUAUGAGGAGUCUGACGGCGGUUGAGACUGAAGUCGUGGUUACGUCAAACGAGCAUGGCGAGCUGGGGCAACCGACACUGCUUGAGAACCUGCGUGCAGCUGCGCCAGAUGGCGUCGAUGCCAUAAUCGAUUAUUUGCCCUCUGGUGGAUUGAUAGGGAAGAUUAUUCCCAUAUUGAAAAUCGCUGGGACGCUGGUCCAUAUGGGCUCGAAUGCGUCGCCGUUGCCGGUGCCACUGGCUCUCGUGAUGGGCAAGUGUUGGACGAUUGUUGGAUGUCGGGGCCAUGCUCGCGAGCAUGAGAAUAAAGUUAUCCAGUGGUUGGCGGAGGGAAAGUUGAGUGUCGACGACUUGAUCACCCAUCGGUUUGCGUUCUCUGAGGCGGAGGAUGUUAUCAAGCGAAUUGAAGAUCGCCAGGAGCGAAUGUGGCUAACUGUCAUCGAUGUUAUUUCGGAAGCAUAG